GUUUGGAUUUUAGACGUACUUCUUUUUAAUUUUCCAUAGUGUGUUUCUAUUUAGACAAGUAUGCAAAUAUUACUGGAGAGCACAAGGAUUAACUACUUUAACAACAAGUACUAUAGCUAAUGCUGUGAGCCACAUUAAAGGUCAGGAAAGCCAAAGAGAUAUGGUAGAUGAUAUAAACAUAUAUAGUAAGUCGGCUGAAAUUUUAAAUUGUGCACAGAAUAUCCAGCAACUAAUGAAUGUGAAUAGUGAGGUAGAUGGCAUUGCCUGGACAAAUCUGUAUGAUCAGAAGCACAAAAAUACAAAAACAGAUUUCAUAGCAAAACAGUUUGAAAGAAUUGAUAAAACUUUAAAGAAAAUCUCUGAUUGCCCAGCAAAAAUACAAGCUUUAAAUUUAUGCAAUAAGGGCAUGGAAAUAUGCAAUCAGCUGGCAAAAUAUGCACCAGAUGGCAAAUGUGACCAAGAAAAAAGCAUAAUACAGGAGGUCCUGGAUCUAAACAAAUUAGCUCAUAUUUUUGACAGCAAAAGCAAAGACAUCACAAAUUCUCCAGCCAUUUCUCCAAAACUACCAAUGAUGCAAAAAGAAGAAAAAAAGUCAGAGAACACAAGUCCUUCACAGAGGGCCACGGAGAAUGCACGAUUCGCCAUAGAGCAGACCCGAGCUCAGAUGAACAAGACAAGAGAGACCUAUGAGAAGUGUAUGGAGAACCUAGAGAAGAACCAGAAGGAACUAACUGAUAUCCUGGUCACUAUGAGAAACUGUGAACUGAAAGAGAUUGACUUCAAAACUACCAUAGAGAUGCUGGUCAAAGGAAUGGAUGCCAUGGGGAGAGUAAAGGAGCAGUGGGAGAAGAUGGUUCACUUCUUUCAGAUGGUUUCCAACAUUAUAAAAACCAGCCUGAGCAAAACUCUCACAAACUUUGUCUCAACAUCCGAGAAAACACAAAAGCUCUCCUACAAUGCAAAGCUCUUCUCAAAAGAUCUGCUGUACACUCAAGCCUUCCAAGCCUGUAACAUUGCUAGUCUGGUCCAUAUGAUUUAUAUGCUUUUCUUUAACAUGUUGCAAUGAUAGGUCAUUUUUGACAAUCACGCUCUUACUCCUGUUGAGAAACAUUUUAAAAUGUUUAUUUUUUGACGUUGUUUCUUCAGUCGGGAUUGUCAGAGUGUUUUUAAAUCAUCAUGAAUUCAGAUGAAACAUUUAACGUGUAAUAUUAAAAAAUCUCACCUUAAUUUGAUUUCAACAUUGUCUGUGUGAUAGCUUUAUCUGUUAAAAUUGUUUAGGAUCUCUGGAUUUAAAUCUCUGUUGCUUUUUAGAAAAUAUGAGACGAGACAAAAGCUUUUUCUUUCAAAUGUAACAACCAUUCCUGUCAAGUCAUCCCUCAAUAUCUGAAAUUUUGUUCCAGAUUAAGUGUGGGAAAUUGGAGAACAUCUUUUUGAGUACUGGUAUUUAGUGGACUUUUACUUAUGGUUUUUGCUUAUGGAGUUCUGUUUGGAUUUUAGACGUACUUCUUUUUAAUUUUCCAUAGUGUGUUUCUAUUUAGACAAGUAUGCAAAUAUUACUGGAGAGCACAAGGAUUAACUACUUUAGUUCUGCUUUAAGUGUAAUUGUUCUUAUAUUGUCUUCUGCCUUUGAUUUUAAUAAAUGGACUAUUAUGCUUGCCAA